AUGGCAAAUGGACGGAACAACGACUCACUAAUGGUGAAAAGAACUAACAGCUUUCUGCUCCAAACUGUUGGUUACACUCUUCCCACCGUAUGCAUCAGGCCGGGGCCCAAGGUCCGAGACUGGAACGACGAACCACCCAAAGUCGACAUGUCACUUAAACAACACAUCCGAGCAGGUGACCCCAGAACAACGGUCCUACCACACGUCAAUCAACUUAUACAUACCAAAUACAACCGCCAACCACACGUCUACAUCGAUGGGUCCAAAAGUAACUCUGGGAAAGUCGGUUGCGGCAUCUACGACGGAGUCUCUAGUAGGAGUCAUGGCCUCCCCGAAGCAUGUACCGUUUUCAGUGCAGAAGCAUUUGCUCUACUUGAAGUCACCGAAAGAUCGGAGUCUGACUCAGUCAUCUUCUUUGACUCCGCAAGCGUUCUAUCAGCCAUAGCCGCUGGCAACGUCAAACACCCAUGGAUCUAUGCCAUUUCCAAUAAAGCCCCCCACCGAAACAUUACUUUCUGCGUGAUACCUGGACACACGGGGAUACCGGGUAACGAAGUAGCUGAUCGCUUAGCUUCCGAAGGCACCAACCUCCCAUCUUCAAUCAACUUAUCCCAAUCGGACGCAAUGCUCCACAUGAAAAGCAAAAUACUCAACGCUUGGGCCAUCGAGUGGUCUGAGAAUUUGCAAGCCAAACUUCGGGAAAUCAAGAAUACAACGGAGACUUGGAAUGACCGACCCAGCCCAACAGAAAGGAGAGCACUAACCAGAAUCAGGAUCGGACAUACCCGACACACAUGUCCAUCAUGCAACGUGCAAAUCACGAUCAAACAUAUACUUACUUCCUGUUCGACAUACCAAUCUCUCAGAUCAUCUUGCUCCCUACCUACAUCACUCCGCCAAAUCCUCGCCCCUUGCCCCGACGAGGAGAAAAAAUUGAUCAGCUUUCUCAAAGCAUCGAACUUCAUCCAUCAACUAUAA